CUUGCUUUUCUGGCCUAUUUCAAAGUCCUUCACAAGCUUUCUCUUCAAAAGAAAAAAAAAUCACUAUUAUCUGUAUAAACUCAACAGCUAAGCGGUUUUUCCACUUUAGCAUGCUGUCAUUUUCCUUAAUCCCUUGGCCUCUCUUGGGCAGAGUCCAGUGGUAUUUCUUGGCUCCCUCCAAGGAGGUUUCAGAGAGAUGGGGGAAGGACCGAAAUACAAUCCUUCACCCUACUGCGAGCCCUCCGUUCUAGUCAGAGCCUAGAGGACCACGCCAGAAGGGUAGCCACGCCCCUUCCUCACAGGCACGCCCGGACAGGCCCAACAAUAGAGCACGAAUAUGUCACGUGGGCAUCGCAGUGACAAAGACAACGUGGCAAGAGACCGCGCCAAAUAUCUCCGUGCCCGCUGUCUGCCACCAACCCCGUCUUGUUUCCCCCUUCUCUGACUGUACACCUCGUUGCCGAGCUCGUCUCGGGGAAGGUGAACAACCGAGCUACCCUCAAUUCAGACACCCCCAGACAGGGAGCCCAGCCACGCGCACCGCGAGCCAACAGCGCCGGAGAGAGUUGAACUUUUGAUUGGGCGUGAGCUCUUUCAAUCUCCACACCUUGUCCAAUCAGAAACCCGUAACCCGGCCUUCCGCUCUUCAUUGGUCUGUAUGUGGCAGAAGGCGAAGGGAGAGAGCCCGAGCCGAGGUCCCGCGAGAGCGGCGCCCAGCGCUCAGAGCGCAGGCGCACGGGAAUUGGCAGGGGCCCGGGCCGAGGGCGGGCCAGAAGACGCGUCGUUUGGCUUUGGACAGCGUCGCAGAGUCGUCUGGGUUGAACCGGUGGGCCGAAAGCUUUUGUCAGGGGCCUGGGCGAGAACGAGGCCCGCGAGGUUCCCGAUGGUGUCCAUGACUUUCAAACGGAGCCGCAGCGACCGGUUCUACAGCACCCGGUGCUGCGGCUGUUGUCAUGUCCGCACCGGGACGAUCAUCCUGGGGACCUGGUACAUGGUGGUCAACCUAUUGAUGGCAAUUUUGCUGACUGUGGAGGUGACUCAUCCAAAUUCCAUGCCAGCUGUCAACAUUCAGUAUGAAGUCAUUGGUAAUUACUAUUCAUCUGAGAGAAUGGCUGAUAAUGCCUGCGUUCUUUUUGCCGUCUCUGUUCUUAUGUUUAUAAUCAGUUCAAUGCUGGUUUACGGAGCCAUUUCUUAUCAAGUCGGCUGGCUGAUUCCCUUCUUCUGCUACCGACUUUUUGACUUCGUUCUCAGUUGUCUGGUGGCCAUCAGUUCUCUCACUUACUUGCCAAGAAUCAAAGAAUAUCUGGAUCAGUUGCCUGAUUUCCCAUACAAAGAUGACCUCCUGGCAUUGGACUCCAGCUGCCUUUUGUUCAUUGUCCUUGUGUUCUUUGUGGUGUUCAUCAUUUUGAAGGCUUACCUAAUCAAUUGUGUUUGGAAUUGCUACAAAUACAUCAACAACAGAAAUGUGCCAGAGAUUGCCGUGUACCCUGCCUUUGAAGCACCUCCACAGUACGUUUUGCCAACCUAUGAAAUGGCUGUGAAGAUUCCUGAGAAAGAGCCACCACCUCCUUACCUGCCUGCCUGAGGACAUUCUGCCUUGUCAAUAAAGCCUAUACCAGCUUCUUGUCUUGUUUAUUUUACAGAAAGCUGCGAUGCAGGGCUCUCAGAAUUGUUUGAUAGAAAGUGCACUGUCUUGUCUGAGCAUUUAUUUUCAAACACUAAAGAGCUUUUGGACAUUUAUUAAAACCUUUUUGUUAAGUAUCACAUUUUAGAAACUUUUUGAAGACAAUCUAGGUUAAGCAAGAGCAAAGUGCCAUUGUUAGCUUUUAACUGAGGGUACGGGGGGAGGGGGGCCUCCAUAUUUUCCUUUUUUAACUUUGCACUUUCUUGGUAUAAUGGUUCAUGUUUGAUGUUCGAUGCCCUGAAUAGUUUUCGGAGAGUGAAUACAGUGUUGAGGAUGACUGAGUUGGGUAAGAGCUGCAAUUUCCAGCUCUAUGAGACAGGAGAGAGAAAUAGCAUUUGACUUGACCGUGGAAGAUGAUGGUUGCAUGCUUCUCAUUUGUACGUUUCCAUCUUUGUGAUAAAAUGCUUUAAUAAAGCUCUUAAAUUUUA